UUCCACUAAACAAAAGUCAAAAGUUGUACUUUGAACGGUGUACUUUGACAAGCCAAUUUAACUUAGAAACAACCAUAAGUCGAGUUUUACUCAUUUAACGAAAAUGUUUUCCCCGUGUUCUCGUCAGUUCACCUCACAGUUCACCAACCAUUUAAAGAGGCUACAAAGUACCUUGGUCAUCGCAGAACACGACAAUAAAGGACUAUUACCAAUUACGCAAAACGCCUUAACUGCGGCGAAAAAACUAGGAGGAGAAGUUUCCGUUUUAGUAGCAGGAACAAAAUGUGGUCCAGCUGCUGAAGCUCUUUCCAAAGCCAAUGGUCUUUCGAAAGUUCUUGUCGCCGAAAGCGACGCUUUCAAGGGUUUUACAGCCGAAAGCAUCACCCCUUUAAUCCUUGCAACCCAAAAACAGUUCAAUUACACACAUAUCGUGGCUGGGGCUUCCGCUUUCGGCAAAGCUUUACUUCCAAGGGUCGCCGCAAAGCUUGACGUUUCUCCAAUCUCAGAUGUUAUUGGUAUUAAAGCACCUGAUACCUUCGUGCGGAGUAUUUACGCAGGGAAUGCCAUCCAAACUCUUACAGCGAAUGAUGCUAUCAAAAUCUUCACUAUUAGAGGGACUAGUUUUGAAGCUGAUGCACUGGAAGGGGGUUCGGCGAACACCGAAACAGUCGCAUCAGAUGGGUGUGCUACUGACUUAACCGUUUUCUUAAGUCAGCAGUUGAGUAAAUCAGACAGACCUGAACUGACCAGCGCUAAGUCAGUGGUUAGUGGGGGUAGGGGUCUUAAGUCUGGCGACAAUUUCAAGUUGCUAUAUGACCUUGCUGAUAAGCUGAAUGCGGCAGUUGGGGCUUCUCGGGCUGCUGUAGACGCUGGUUUUGUGGCAAACGACCUUCAGGUUGGACAGACUGGAAAAAUCGUCGCUCCGGAUUUGUACAUCGCAGUUGGUAUUUCUGGUGCGAUCCAACAUUUAGCGGGGAUGAAGGACAGCAAGACGAUUGUCGCUAUUAAUAAAGACCCAGAAGCUCCAAUUUUCCAGGUCGCCGAUUAUGGGCUGGUAGCUGACCUUUUUAAGGCCGUUCCAGAAUUAACCAGUAAACUGACUUAAGUCGAGAUGAAAACUAUUUUUAUAAAGUUGGUAUUUUUGAAAUAAAACUUGUUAAGUACGUUUAAAA